AGAUGGUUACUUUGGAGAGCAUUAAGUAGCAAAGUGGGAACUGGCAACAUCGAACGAUGGUCUACCUGAUCUGUAGACUACAGAGUACACAUUUUCACCGAUGACCAUCUGUCAAAUUCCGUAAUAGAAAUGUCUUUAUUAUUUCAAACUAUUAAAAACACAGGAAAAUCACAGACAUUAAAAAAACUUAUACGCUCUCCGAUAUCUUCAUGUAAAUGUUUAUUAGCAAGAAAUUCUUCAGACGUUUCAAGGAAAUUUUUAUCAUUUGACGAAGUUGUACUGCAGAGGAGAGACGAGGCACGGCGAAGUUUGGUCAUACAAGUAAAUUCUGAGUCUUCUUUCAGUGAAUUAUAUGGCUACUGUUCAAAUUAUGCCACUAUCAAUGGCAUACAUCAUUACAAAAAUGCUGGCGGAGAGCAUUUUAUGCUCAUUGAAUUCAACACAGAAGACAGUCUCAAAGAGAUCUUGCAGAGCUGUAGUUCCCACCAGAAAGACAAUGAUAUUAUGGCAUUACAAUCUCCUUUUUUAUGGUUCCGAGCCAGCCCUGUCAAAAAGGAUAAGUUAGCAUCAUCAUCAAGUAGACUUAUAACAAAAAAUGGAAAUGCUGCCAUUGAUGAAGAUAUGCUUUUUGGAGAGCUUACAAAUUGUGCCACAGUCUCUGAUCAAAUACAGCUUUUGUAUGAUAGGACAAUGUUGAAUGAUUUGGGUAUUAGACUGAGAUACAUGGUGGCUAGACAACUGGAAAUAGUGUUUGAAAGUCUAUAUGCAAAUAUUGCUGUAAGACCAUUUGGUUCAUCUGUGAAUGGUUUUGGUAGAAUGGGCUGUGACUUAGAUCUUGUGCUUAGUAACAACCUGACUGAUGAAAUGAGUGAUGCCAACAAACGUUUGGUAUAUCAAGAUAAGAAGUCUGAAGGUGGCAGAGGGCCAUGGCAGAGGCAUAUGGAACUGGUGGGUGAAUUAUUGGAGUUAAGGGUCGUUGGGGCGACACGAGUACAACGGAUAUUGCAUGCACGUGUGCCUAUCGUGAAAUAUGCACAUGAAUUUACCGAUGUUGACUGCGACCUGUGCUAUAAUAACAUGUCCGGCGUAUAUAUGUCUGAACUCCUCUGGAUGUAUGGAUCCCUGGACCCUCGUGUUAGACCGCUGGCAUUCUUGGUGCGUCGCUGGGCAGCCGCGGUGGGCCUCACUAAUCAGCAUCCUGGCCGAUGGAUCACGAAUUUCCCUCUUACGCUUAUGGUCCUAUUCUUUCUUCAACAGAAAACCAGUAACGGGUUUAUACUGCCAUCACUGAAGAAUCUGGUUAACAGAGCUAGAAAACAAGAUAUGAGAAUAGCAGAAGAAAAUGUCAACUGCACCUUUCUGCGCGAUAUGAAUAUAUUACCACAAGAAUGUUACAGUCAAAAUCAAUCCAAUCUUGAAACACUGCUGUUACAAUUCUUUGAAUAUUAUGCUCAAUUUGACUUCCAAGAAAAAGCCAUAUGUAUAAAUGAAGGGCGUCCUGUACGGAAACCUAAUGCGUUACCAUUAUAUAUUGUAAAUCCUUUGGCACCUUCAUUGAAUGUUAGCAGAAAUGUUAGUUAUGAAGAAUGUGAAAGGUUAAAAUCAGAAGUAAGAAAUGCUGCGUGGCAGCUGGAAGCAGGUUUAGAAGGCGAAAGGCCAGACGAUUGGGGUGUGCUUGGACUAAUAGAGAAAAAAGCUUCCAGAGGCCUAAAAAAACUGUUAAGAGUAGGGAAUUCACAUAGACUAGUAUCAGUCAAAGACCUCUUUAAUGAUAAUGAUGAGAACAUUUCAGAAGGUGGUUUGAGAAGUAAAUUACAAAGGCUGACACAGACAACUGCAAAAGAGAUAAAACAAGUACUAGCGAAUCAGAAUGUAGAAGGGAAAAAGGACCAAAAAAUAAAGUUUAAAAAUAAUCAAGUGGCAAAUGAAGUGUAUAGGAUAAGAAGAAAUAAAAUGGUAUGAGAGUUGGAGAAUAGGUUAUUAGUUUCAAAUUAUAUCGUGUUCUGAGUUUAGGCUCCAAAUUCUUAUAAAGAAUGACAAUUCAGUAAGUUAUUAGAAUGCAGCGUAAAUGGAUGUUCCUUAGUUCACCAAAUGAUCCUGUAAAAUAGUAUGAUAUGUUACUAUGAUAAUA